AUGGCGUCCAGGCCAAGUUCUGCUUGUCCUGAAGUGGUACCCAAACCAUCUUUGGGCCAGUAUGUUUUCGCCGAAAAAUUGGGUAGUGGUACUUACGCUACAGUCUACAAGGCAUAUAGAAAGACAGGCAUAAGAGAGGUUGUGGCCAUAAAAUGUGUUUUAAAAAGCAGUCUAAAUAAAGCUUCUACAGAAAAUUUGCUUACAGAAAUAGAACUUUUGAAGAAUCUGAAACACGAGCACAUUGUCACACUCAAAGAUUUCCAAUGGGACACAAGCUACAUAUAUCUUAUUAUGGAAUACUGUAGCGGUGGGGACUUGUCGAGGUUCAUCCGCAGCAAAAGGGCUUUGCCAGAGCAUAUAGUGAAACGUUUCUUGCAGCAGAUAGCUUUAGCAAUGAAAUUUCUAUGGGAUCAUAAUGUUGCACAUAUGGAUCUGAAGCCACAAAACAUUCUACUGACAUCGACAUCAAAUCCACAGUUGAAACUUGCUGAUUUUGGUUUUGCAAAGCAUUUAUUUGAAGGUGACCGCCUGCAUGUAAUGAGAGGUUCUCCUUUGUACAUGGCACCAGAAAUUAUAUGUAAUGGCAUGUAUGACAACAGGGUAGACUUGUGGUCAAUAGGUGUUAUUUUGUAUGAAUGUCUGUUCGGAAGGCCACCAUUUGCAUCCAGGAGUUUUAAAGAGCUUGGGGAAAAAAUCUGGGACCAGAAACCUGUAGAGAUCCCUCAGGGAGUUGAUAUAUCUGACAAAGCCCGAGAUCUGACUCUUCGGUUGCUGCGGAGGAAUCCAGCAGACAGAAUCACAUUCGAGGAAUUCUUUGCACAUCCAUUUAUUGACAUGGAGCACGUUCCUUCUAAGGAUUCUUUGCCCAAUGCUGUAAGGUUAAGUGCGGAGGCAGUCAAGAAGGAUGAAAGUGGAGACUACAAAGCUGCAGUGAGGUUGUAUUGUGAAGCUUUGGAACACUUCAUGCCAGCCAUCCAUUAUGAGAAGAGUGCUUCAAAAAAGGAAGCUCUGCGAGCAAAGGUAAAACAAUACAUGGAUCGUGCAGAAACCUUGAAACAGCUCAUGAGAAGUCAGCUACAUUCCACUCCCACCAAGAAGAAACUGGGUGACAUCAAAACUGGAACACCAUCACAAAUUGAUGGCAACUCUCCUAAAUCUUCUCCAACUUCCAAAAGUGACACAGAACUCAGCAGAUCUCCAUCUAAUGUUGCAGACAGUGAUCCAGUUCAGAAUUCAACUUCAGAACCUAAAACAUCUAAUCCUUCUGAUGGAAGUCCCAAUGCUUGCUCCUACACAAGGUCCAUGUCAAGUGAUUCAUUAGAAGAGCUAACGGCCUUGUGUGCAGACUCACAAGAACUACUUGCAGUCUUGAAGCUGAUCAAUGCAGCAAUAAUUGAGGAGCAGAAGGAGGACUUUGAGCACAGUUUGCACCAUUAUGAAGUUGCACUAGGUGCUCUGUUAAAACUUUUACCUGCUGAGCCAAAAGGCAAAAGAAAAGAUCUUUUGAGUUCUCAGGCCUCCAAAUGGAUGGAAAAGGCAGAAAAUAUCAAAGCCUAUCUUGACAUCCAGAACCUGAACACCAAGGAUACCUCUGUGGCCGAAGAAGAGGACGUCAACAGUGUCCUUGAUCAGGCAGCCCAGUGUUGUGUUCAGUAA